CCAAUUAAGGCUAGCAGAAUUGUACUCAUGUACUAACUGUCUACCAUUGAAGAGAGACUACCCAUGACCUCCAUGCUGUGUGGACUAGUGUGUGUGGUCCUGCUCUCUGGGCUCACUGCACUGGCAGGGGGACAGCCAGAGACCACUGCUCCAGUCACAUGUUCUGAUAAUCUCCCCAACCUCCUCAAUGGAGCCAUAACCUAUGAUGGUGGAUCCAUUGACAGCAGACCAGUGGACACUGUGGCCACUCACACCUGUAACCCUGGCUACACUCUCAGUGGAGUCAGCAGUACCACCAGGACUUGUGGGAGUGAUGGAAUGUGGAGUGGGUUUGCUCCUGAUUGUCAGCCUGACUGCCGUGACUUACCCCAACUGACCAACGGGAUGAUUAUGUACAGUGGUGGAUCCCCUGGCAACAGACCUUUCAUCUCUAGUGCUGUACACUCCUGCAACACUGGCUACACUCUCACUGGAGGUACUUUCAGUGUAGGUACUACCAGGGUCUGUGGGACUGGAGGGAGAUGGGAUGGGUCACCUCCAAUUUGUCAAGUGAACACUGGACUGAAUCCUACGCCCACCACCUGUCCUGACUUGAUUGCUCCAACCAGUGGAAUGAUUAAAUAUGAUAUGGAGACCAUGGGCGCUAGACCACUGAACACUGUGGCCACCUUCACCUGUAUCACAGGAUACAUGCUGACUGGAAAUACCACCAGGACUUGUGGGAGUGGAGGGAGAUGGAGUGGGUCACCUCCUAAUUGUAUGCGUAUGCGAACUUGUUUUGAUUUCCCACCACUAAUGAAUGGAGACAUUACCUACACUGGUGGAUCUAUUGAUAGCAGACCUGUUGAUACCGUUGCUACCUACACUUGUAACAAUGGCUACACCCUCACUACUGGAGGGAGUUUCAGACAAUGUCAGAAUAAUGGGACCUGGAGUGGGUCAACUCCAACCUGUCAAUUGAACACAGGACCCACUGAACCACCCAUCACCUGUCCUGACCUCAUUGUACCAGCCAAUGGAAUGAUCAGCUACAAUAUGGGGUCUGCUAGUCCGAGACCAGUGAGCACUGUGGCCACCUACACCUGUAACUCUGGCUACACUCUCAAUGGAGGCAGCAGCACCAGGACUUGUGGGAGUAAUGGAGUGUGGAGUGGGUCAGAACUAACUUGUCAGCCUAACUGCCCUGACUUACCCACAUUGAUCAAUGGGAUGAUUAUGUACAGUGCUGGAUCUAGAUUUGAUAGUGGUGCUACCUACUCUUGUAACACAGGCUACACUCUCACUGGAGGGGACGCCGUCAGGAUCUGUGUGAGUGGAGGGAGCUGGAGUGGGUCACCUCCAACUUGUCAAGAACCUACUGACCCACCCACCACCUGUCCUGACCUCACUAAACCAGCCAAUGGAAUGAUCAGCUACAAUAUGGGGACUGCUAGUCUGAGACCAGUGGACACUGUGGCCACCUACACCUGUGACCCUGGCUACACUCUCAAUGGAGACACCACCAAUACUUGUAGGAGUGAUGGAGUGUGGAGUGGGUCAGCUCCAACUUGUGGAGCCACCUGUCCUGACCUCACUGUACCAGCCAAUGGAGUGAUCAUCUACAGCUCUAGUACCUCACCACACCCUCAGGGAACAGUGGCUACACAGAGCUGCUUGAAUGGAUACGUACCCUCCACUACCAGCACUGCUACCAGAGUGUGUAGAGCUGACAGAUUGUGGAGUGGAUCAGCUCUCACUUGUCAAUUACCGCCUGUCUACGUCUCCGUGGGAACCACCAACUAUGCUGCUAAUAACUCACAGGUUGCCAUAGACACCAUCGGAGAUACCACUGAGACAGCAUUGACUUGCAGAACUAACUCAACUAUUUGCUGUACAGGAAAAGAUAAUCCCAAUAGUGCCAAUGGAUUAGGAGAUUGGCUGUUUCCGAAUGGAACAGUUGUCACUAGGAGUCAGGAAAUUACUGAUUCAGACACUGAUCUACUGUACAGAAGUCGAAAUACAAGUGCACUCAGACUCCAUCGUCGAGGGUCUGUGUCAGGCCCCACUGGCUCCUACUGCUGUGUGAUUCCUGACAAUACUGAAGUAGAUAUGACAUUCUGUGUGCAGUUAGCCACAGCCACUACUGGAGGGGACACUGAUGCUAGCAACACAGGAGGUGUGGUGGCAGGUGUAGUCAUUGUGUUACUCAUUCUAGCCGCUGUCAUUGUGGUGGGUAUCAUUGUCGGGGUCUACUUCUGGAGGAAACUUCGUGGCAACCAGACCAAGUACAGUCCCUCCCCACGCCAUGCCCCUCCCCCUCGCCCCACCCCCUAUCAAGCAUCCUUCAAGAAGAGCAACGGACAAGACAGUAAAGUCACCAUCCAGAAAGUUGACGAGCCUAGUAUAGUAGAGUUUCCUAGUGAUACUCAUGUGACGGAGGGGGAGGAGGUGUAUCUGAGGGUGAAGGUGGGAGGUCACCCUCCACCCAGUCUCACCUGGUACCACGAUGGUAGGAUGGUGACUGCAGACUAUGCCACAGAACUGGACCAGGACGGUGGAUUAUCCUUCCCUAGUGUGGAGACUAAGCAUGCUGGUGUGUAUAAACUGGUGGUUACUGGAGCCUCAGGGUCAACAACACAACAGGUCGUCACGGUAACAGUGAUGAGUGAGGGUGGUGAGGCUAGUGAGGGGGUGGAGGGGGUGGACUACGCCCCCAUACCUGUGACAGAGUUUGGAGCGUACGUGGCUGACCUCCAUGCUGGCAGUAAUAAGAAGUUCAAAGAUCUUUACAAGAAUCUGGACAGUGGGGAGAGGGGUCAUCCAGUGAUUAUUUCAGUGACUCCUGAGAACAAACUCAACAACAGAUUUGGCAACAUUGCUGUGUAUGAUGACAACCUCAUUAUCUUAGACCCCAUCCCUGGACAAGAGGACUGUCAGAGUGACUACAUCAAUGCCUGCUAUGUAGACGGGUACAAGAAGCCUAAAAGGUUCAUAGCAACACAAGGACCACUGCCAGGAACUCUGGUGGACUUCUGGCGCAUGAUGUGGCAGGAGAGACCACCCAUAAUAGUCAUGCUCACCAACCUCAUGGAGAACAACAAGAUCAAGUGCGAACAAUACUGGCCAGAGUCUGGGAAGAAGCAGUUUGGACCAUUCACAGUGGCCAUUACAGAUCAGCAAAUACUGGCUGACUACACCAUGAGGACAUUGGAGGCUUCAUUGGAGGGAGAUCGCCGUGUGCUGAGAGUCAAGCUAUUCCAUUUCACUGCCUGGCCUGAUCACGGUGUGCCUGACUAUGCCACGCCCAUUCUUGCAUUCCAUCGUCGGGUUAAGUCUCAGCACAAGCCAUCGAAAGGUCCUAUUCUGAUCCACUGCAGUGCUGGUGUGGGACGCACAGGCACUUACAUUGCCAUUGAUAAUGUCCUCGAUCAGAUCUCAGUCGAAGGUCUCAUCGAUAUUUCCGGCACCAUUAUCAAAUCUCGCAACCAGAGGAUGAAGCUUGUACAAACACAGGACCAAUAUGUGUUCAUCCACGAUGCUAUCCUGGAGUCAGUGACGUGUGGAGACACUCAGAUCAGUGCUGGAGAUCUGCGCAGACAGAUACAGAAAAUAUCAUCAGUGGCCCCGGGAAAAACCAUCUCAGAUUUCCAAUACCAGUUCCAAAUUCUGGAACAGGUUACUCCAAAUCCUAAAGAAGUUCGAAGUCCUAUUGCUGUUAAGAAUGCUGCCAGGAACAGGAACAUGGACUACCUGCCACCUGAGACCAGUCGUGUGAUUCUGAAGGGAGAGCAACCUGACUACAUUCAUGCUGUGUUUGCUCAUGGCUACAAGCACCAGAAGGCAUACAUCAUUGCCCAGAAUCCACUGGACUCAACUGUGCGUAACUUCUGGAAGGUGAUCUAUGACAGGAAGUGUGCGGCUGUUGUGAUGUUGACUCCACUCAGUGAGAAUGGGCAGGAGGCAUGCUCCCAGUACUGGCCAGAGAGUGGCAAUGUCACCUCCUUCGGUGAAUUCACCAUCGAUAACUUGGGGGAGGAAUCCAACACUGGGUUCGUUAUGAGGCAACUGAGCGUCCUCAAUGAAAAGAUCCAAAAGGCCCAUCAAUUGACUCAGUUCCACAUCACUAACUGGAAUAGCAGUGGAAAGUGUGAGAACCUCAAAACUGUAACUGACGUCAAUGAGGAGGUUAUAAAGGUUCAAAGGAGGACUGGAAACAACCCUGUACUUGUCCAUUGCAAUGACACUGCGACCCGCUCUGGUAUGUACUGCUCUGUAGCUACUACCAUUGAUCGUUGCAAGACAGAGGGAGUGGUGGAUGUGUUCCAGGUGGUCAAGGCUCUCAGGGUCCACAAGCCAGGGGCAGUACCCUCAGUCGACAACUACAAGGAUCUGUUUGAUGCUACUCUGGUCUACUUGGACUCCUUUGACAACUAUGCCAACUUCCAAGAUAUUUGAUGUACAUGAACUAACACAAGAAAUGAACAAAUGUAAUUAUGGACUCUGUUGAGUAUAAUAGAUUUGCAUGGACAGGCCUGAAUAAUAUAUAAAGAUAUUGACUUCCUUUUGACUAUACCUUUUUGUAGAGCUCUUUUUUUGUAUAAUCACCACAGCUGUUUGUAAUCACCCUGAA